GGGUAACACAGGAAAUGAAGGCAGUAGUCUAGAAAGAGCUGAGGCAGCAGCGACGAGAACAAAACCCACUGUGGUGUUGAAAUCGCAAACAUGAUGAGAGUCCUGCUGCUCACCAGUCUUCUCCUAACAGGUGCGAGGUGCAAAAAGAAUGUGUUUAUGUACAGCACAGUUGGAGGAGACGCUCUUCUUCCAUGCAUGGCGUCCUCAGACUGCUCCGCCAUCUCCUGGACCUUCUUUAACAAAGGCACGGACGUGCGGUUCGUCCACGAGGUGGUCAAUGGGAAGGUGACGGCCGAUUCAGACAAAUCCAGCCGUAUGACCUUCACAUCCAACUGCUCCAUCAGCCUCCGCAACCUCAGGGUGCGGGACGCUGGAUCCUACGUCUGCCUGAAGAACGACCAGCCUGUCACUGACGUUUACCUCUCCCUCCUCACAAUCUCGUCUUUCUCCACCUUCACCGACCUCCAGCCUGGAGGAAUCCUCACCCUGACCUGCAUCUUCUUCACUUAUUAUGACGCAGGGAGCUGCAAGUCAUACUCAAAGAGCGUGUUCGGCCUGAGCUGGGUGGAUGAGGAUGGGAGAAAGCUGCCCAACAACAGCAGGUACAACCUGAACGGCCACACUCGCUGCAACAUCACUCUGGUGACAAAACUCCAGAAGGAAGACAACAACAGGAGGUGGAGGUGCCUGGUGAACACCACAGAAAGCAGCAGAGCCGUGUUUCUGGACUUCAGGUCUGCCUUUUUGUUCCAAAAUAAUGAUGAUGACAGCCUGAAUCCUUCGGUCACGGCAAUGUGUCAGGUGAAGCUGCCCAUCAGCCGCAUCGUGCUCUGUGUGGCCCUCCCGAUCAUGGUGACCAUAGUGGCAUUCUUCACGUGGAAGUCGGACCGCGAGAGGGCCAAAGCAUCAGCAGAAUCCUUCAUGCUCCACGAGAUCAACUGAGCGUCCAUCACUGCAGGAUUUUUGUACUAUUUUAACUUCUCUGGCCCCUUUUCAAUCAUGACAUCCUCAUGGAUCCAGUAUGAGAAUAUUACUACAGUUAUGUUGCAGUAUUGUAUUAUUAAUGGCAUAUUUUAUUAAUAAUUUGUGAAAAAUUUUAAUGCAAAAAAAAGGUUCUUGUUUGCUUUUUAGUUCUUUGUUUGUUUGGUUUGUUAAAUUUGUUUUUAUUGCACUGUUUAAAUGUGAAAAAGACGUUGCCUGGAUGCGAUGUGUUGCUAUGUUACAUUGUUUUAAAGCCUGUAUAAAUCUUUCAGCAUUGAUGGUACAUUUGCAAGCUGUCCAUUCCACAGGCACCAAUGCAUGCCCAUGCAGUCAGAGAUGCAGGUUUUUGAACUGUGCACUGGUAAGUCGGACCAGGGGCGUAAUUUCCAGGGGGGGGGGUAGGAAAUUAUGCAAAUUAUGAAAUUUGGGGGGUUAUAUGAAUUAUAUGAAAAUUAUUAAUUAUCUUGCAUAAAUAGGCUGUUGAUUUUCUUUACAGAUUUCAGGUAUUACCAGCAAAAUCAUCUGGGAAUUUACCCAGAUUUAUUUAUUUAUUCAGACAGUGA